AUGAUACGAAUGCCUGAAUGAUCAAGUUUUUUAAUUCUGUUAAUAAAUUAUUAUAUUUGCAAUUGAUUAUUGUAAUAAUUGAGUUUAAAAUUUUUUUGAUAAUGCUUUGGUUCAAAAACUAAAUGUAGAUUGGAAAUAAAUAAAAUUGGGAGAAUGCUAAAUAAUGAAACAUGUGGAUAUUAGGCAAAUGAAAAUAAACGAUCUAUGUCAAAAAUAGGUGGAAUAAACUAGCAGCGUCGGGUUAUUAGAACGGCAAAAUUACGAAGUAUUUUAAAAAAUAGGGGGCGGGGUUGACAUAGAAAAAAAAGUGCUAAGCUUAACGAAAAAUCGAAAAAAAAUAGUCAUUUUAUUUCUUGUUUUGUUUCUGUCUUUACUACCAAUUCGUUAUCUCUGUUUUGUUUAUUUCAUUCUUUUCCAACUUUUUUUUAACUUUACUUUUCGCGAUUAAAUUAUUUACUGUUUCACUUUCCUCAUUUAUCAGAUUUUUUAGAAUUUUUUUGAUUAACAAUCACGGUGAAAUAUGAGUUAUGACUCACCUCUUUGUCUUGCUGUGCUUCUGUACACUCAAACAUUGUAUUAAUCCAAUCUUUAACCACAAAAUCAUCGUUUGAGAAUGCCGUGACAUCCUGCAAAAAAUUAUUUCAUCAAAAAGAAGAUCAUCGAUACGUGGGCUCAGACUCGCGUAAAGAACGAGAUUUUUAUGAUUUGAACACUGGAUAAUAGUUAACUGAAAUUUUUUAUUUUUUAUUUAUACUUUUUUACUUUUUAUUCAGUUUUUUAUUUUCAUUUUAUUCAAGACUAUCGGUAAAUUCUAGACAAAUCAAAAUAAAAUAUGUGAAUACGAUGAUCGGACUGAAUUGAGAUUAAUGAAAUGAAAAAAAAGUAACGAAAAACGUUUGUCCUGAACGAGGAGGGGAAAAUAAAAUAGACAUUUUGUUUUUUUAAAUAAAAUAAGUUAAGUAAAAAAGGCCUGCGCGCAUGCAACGGCAACGUAACAAUAGUAUAUCAACAGCCUCAGCGAUUGCAACGCAACUGGCACCAGCUAUGACAAACAUGUUUCCACAGCAGUACUGUUUAAGGUGGAAAUACCACCACAGUAAUUUACAGACGAUGUUCUCACAGCUGUUAGAGAGACAGGCGUAUUGUGAUGUUACGCUUGCCUGUGAAGGACAAACAUUACGAGCACACAAGGUUGUGCUGAGUGCAUGUAGUACAUAUUUUGAUACAAUAUUAUCACAAUAUGAAGAAAAAGAUCCCAUAGUAAUAAUGCGAGACGUUAAAUUUUCUGAUAUCAAAGUUCUCGUUGAAUUUAUGUACAAAGGUGAAAUAAAUAUUGAUCAUACGAGACUGUCAUCCCUACUCAAGACUGCUGAAGAUUUACAUAUAAAAGGACUGGCGGAAGUUAGUUGGCGUAGCGAUUCAACACAAAAUGAUACGGCUAAUAGUGGUCAUAGUCCGGGAACUGCUGGAACUCCUGGUGUUGAGACAGUAUUGAGAGAAGGAGAAGUUGAUGACACGCCGCCACCUAAACAAAGACGUAGAGGUCGACCGCCUUUAGAUGAUCCACCAACCGCACAUGAUGUAUUCACACCUAAAGUUUCAUGUGUUACUGGAAACGUACGAACACUUCCUGAAGAAAUGAUGAGUGAAGGUGGCGACCAUGAGAGUUGGGACGAUGAAACUAUGAUGACUGAAAACAAUGAACCUCCACUACCCCCGUUGGCGUAUUUGCCAAAGGAAGAAAACUCAACAGUAGACCAAGAAAAAAAAGCACCAACAACUCCAUCUAAUUCAAACGCGACGAAUUCAACGAUUCCAGAACAGUUUCGUGACGUAGUCAAGAUGAAUGAUUAUUUAACGACGGGACGACGUCAAGAGUUCUGGGAAGAACCGUUCACACGACGAGUAAUGGACGCAAUUAAAAAUAAAGAAUUAGAAAUGAAGACUGCAGCUGAGAUACUCGGCGUUUCUUAUGGCACGUUGUAUGGAAGAUACCGUGACAGUUAUGGUUGCCUUAAACAUCCUUACAGAGUUCGAGAUUUUUGGUCGGAACCAGGACCAGCGGAAAUUUUAUCAAAAUUACGACGCAAAGAAAUAACUUUAUUCCGAGCAGCUGAAUUUCUAAACGUAACCGUCCACACAUUAGCGACAUAUUUAUCGACAUUACAAGGUCCAGACAGGAUCUCGUUAGCUGGCGAAUUGAGUGGUGCUAGUGCAAUAGACAUCAAUGAAACAGAAGAUGUAAAUGACAUAAUUCAGAAAUUUAAUACAACACCACCGACAACAGGUGCCACAACGUCUACGAUUAAACGUGAAGUUGGAUACGCUGAUUCACCAAAUGUUAAAGCAAGUACAGUUUUGGAGAAUAAUCCAGACAUUACUAUUGUUAAAACCGAGAGUCUACAACGUAAGCGUGAUUAUUCAAAAGUAACUAAUUCUGAAAAUAAUAAUGCUAAAUUAAUGAGUGGUGGUGCGGUAAGUGAAAUAACAACACAAUCACAACAAUCAACGAGAGAUUCACAAAAAAUAAAUGAUCAGUUAUCGUUGAAUAAUGACCAUAAACCUUAACUAUUCAGGCCUUAUUUCAUCCAUAACAUCAAUCAACAUUUUGAUGUUUUCGAUUAUUAUUAUAUUAAUAAACAAAAUAUUAUUAAUAAUAAUAAUAGUAAUAAUAAUGA